AUGGCUAUAAAACAUAUUAUUGCACAAGCAUUAAGGCGUUAUACAAAUUUACAAAAUGCAUUUAAUCUUCUAACAGAAUUUAGUGAACAAGCUCAAAAAACGCGUGGCGUAUGGGAACUUAUUGCUAAAUCAUUAAUAUCUGGAUACAAUGAAAAUGUUUUCAUAUCAAUGAAAGAACUACAAGAUAGAGUUCAUCAGUUUAUGCAAUAUAAAGAUCGAAAUGAUAUUGCUGUUAUAGAUUCACAAUCAACAUUAGCACGGCAUUUCAAUGAAUUACCAGUAUCACUUGUUUUAGCACGUGAUAUUCGUUACCUAAGCGCUGUUCGUUCAACAGCUAUUCUUUCAUUUAUUGGAGAAAUAAAACCAGAAUGGAUUGAUUAUAAUCUUAAACGACAAAUUCAUUUAAUUGAUGAAGAAGAAAUUCAUUUAAAUACAAAUAAUAAAUUUUCAAAUGCUAUAUCAAAAUUUUCAAAUAAAAUCAAUAUGUUAUUAAAUAAUCAUAGUGUUUCAUUAAUAGGUUCAGUUGGUGUUGUUUUAAAUGCUGAAUUACAUCUUAGACAAGAUAUGAUAUCAGAAUAUACGUUUAGUUUAGAAAAUAAAAAUCCUCCAAAGUCUAGUUUAUAUGAUAAUUUAUCCAGAAAUUUAGAAAGUGUUAUGAAAAUGACAAGAAUAUUUAGACCUAUGAUAUGGAGAUGGCAAAAUCAAAGACAAGUUAAAAUAACUGUUGAUUCUGAUACAGCUACUAAAACUUGUGAAGCUACUGUUGUUGGAAGAAAUUCAGAUAUUAAAAAAGUUAAAGAAGAAUUUGAUUCUUUCUUAGGAUGGUUACAAAAAAUUGUGCUGUUAUUAGACAUCCAAAUGGAGAUCUUUUUAAGAACAUCUUUUCAUGGUGUAGCUCCACGUGUACUUCAUCCGCAAAUGCGUAAAGAUUGUUAUGAUAUAGAAGAAAGAAUUAGUCGUAUAACAGAUAGUAAACGAACAUUAACUGAUUUAUAUAACGGUGCUAAAGGUUCAAAAGCAACUCGUGAAACACGAAUGGAAGUUGUUGCUUGGAUUGCUGUUUGUAAAUUUGAUUGCAAAUUAGAAGGCGAUUUUGUCCGCGAUUGGGCUGUCGGAAAUUAUACAUCAAAACCAACUAAUAACCCAAAUAGUUGGGUUCAAUAUGCUCUAAAUAAAAAAGGUGACAAUAUUCCAUAUAUUGAAAAAGAAGUUGUUCCAGGUGACUUAGAUUGCCAUUUACCAUCACAUAGAUAUUUCGAUGUUGAUAAAUUUCAAGAUGAACUUUAUAAAUUUGAUAUUCAAUGUAAAGUUUUUCGAGAAAAUUGGAGAUAUGCUAUUUUAAUUGAUGAAAAUACUCGUACAGGACCAUUUACGAUGGAUUUAAUUGAACCACAUGCUGCAUUAAUGCACGAUAGAAUUGAUUUUGAUGCUAAUAAUUUAUCAAUAGAAAAAGAUUUUACACGUGAUUUAGCUAUGCGUGUUAAUAUACAAUAA